AUGCAAGACAACAGUGAGCAGCAGCCAUCCCUGUCCCAGCUGCUGAGGGAGAGUUACCUGGCUGAGGCCCGAGCUCAGCAACGCCACAGCGAAAUGAGCCGCUCUGAUGCCUCCUCCUCUCGUCUUCAGAUCUACAAUUCACUGAAGGGAAAAGCUGAAGACUCAAUGGGCCUCACAGAGCAGCACUUUCCUGACCUGUCUGCCUUCCUCAGUCAAGAGGAGCUAGACCAGAGUGUCAAUCUGGCCCGACAAGCCAUUGGACACGAGCCACGGAGCGAGAGAGCGGAGGUCAAAGCUCACUCUGAAAAAUGCGCAGCCACAGUUACAUACACUCCCAACUCCGCUGACUCUGUCACUAACCCCCCAUCAUUCACUGUCCCAUCCACCCUGGUCCAAACCAACGCUUUCACACCACAGCCUGUGAUGGAAUUCAGAGAAAUGCCACACACAACAUACGCACCGGACAUAAAAACAUACAAGUCUUCAAGACAGGGCAAUGUGAAGAGCAACAAGGACUCAGGAGAUGCCUACAAUGACUUUAACAGGUCGUCUCGUAACGCUCCAUAUGGACCCGAGACCCAGUCAAAAAAAGAGUUCCUGAACAAAGCUGCAGACUUUAUAGAGGAGCUGUCAUCUCUAUUCAAGGCAAACAGCUCAAAGAGGGUUCGGCCGAGAUCAUGUAAACCACACAGGAGUCGGAGUCAAAACAAGAACCAGGCAGAUGGGAUGGUUAUCCCUGUUGCCUCUGAGAACAGGGAGCCACCUCCAGAUAUUGACACAAACCAAACUGGACCCGUGGACAUUAAAGAACCCGAUAUAAAAGAAGCGGGCGUCCAGCCUGACAGGACUGAGGAGUAUAAGGACUGUGUGGUUUAUGAGGAGCAAUACGUCAACAUUGUGCCUUCUGAGGAAACAGAGGCAGAGAGCACAGCUUUAACAGAAAGCUCAUUCCCAGUGGACACAGUGUGUGAGCCACCAAGAUUCAUCCAAAAACUGAAAAGUCGAGAGGUGUCUGAAGGCAGCAAAGUACAACUGGACUGUAUUGUUCAAGGACACCCGGUUCCAGAAGUGAGGUGGUUUUGUGAAGGAAAGGAGCUGGAAAACUGUCCAGACGUUCAGAUCAUUACAAACGGGGAGCAUCACUCUCUCGUCAUCGCAGAGGCCUUUGAGGAAGACACUGGGCGGUAUUCCUGUUUUGCAUCAAACUUCUAUGGAAAAGACUCAACAUCAGCAGAAAUAUACGUAGAAGGAGCAUCCUCCUCAGAUUCAGAGGACCAGCACCUUGAAGCAGCAGCACAGCAACAGUGGAAACAUAAAAUACCAGUGACUCCAUCUCGGUCGGAUCAAAGUCUUUCUGCAGACGAUGACUCUUUUGACCUUAAAGACGAUUCUCCAGAAGAACCCAAAGAGGAGGUGACUGUGGUCCAUUCAAACCCCCUGACAGCAGACCCUCCGGUGCCUGCUCCUGAACCUGUGUCCUCAGCCCCGGACGAGGCUAUAGUUCCAGUCAUCCACGCUGAGACCCCAACGCUGGUGCCACCUUGUCAACAACUUUAUAAACCAAUAGAACCACAGGAAGUUCUAGCACCUGACCCAGUCCAGCCAGCUCCCUCAUCACAGGUUCUGUCUUCAAACGCAGUGGUCUCAGCUGUGCUCACGGUCCCGGCUCCACCGACCAUACAACCUGCUCAAACUGAGAUUCAAAUCUUCAACCAUAUCUCUAAGCAGGAUCUGAAUGGACAACAAAUAGCAGCCCCAGUUUUCACAAAGAACCUGCAGGACCUGGACGCCUCAGAGGGCCAGCUGGUGGUGCUAGAGUGUCGUGUUAACGGCACUCCCUCUCCCAGAGUGGAGUGGUACCAGGACGAGAAACUCAUUGAGGACUCUCCUGAAUUUAGGAUUCUACAGAAAAAGCCCAGAUCUCCAGCUGAAUCAGAGGAAAUAUGUACUUUGGUGAUUGCUGAAGCAUUUCCAGAGGAUUCAGGAACAUUCAGAUGCACUGCAAGCAACAACUAUGGCUCCGUUUCCAGUGCAGCUUCUCUCAAGAUCAAAGAAAAUGCCAACCACGCAAAUCACAUGAGGUCCUCUACUAGUAUGAGUGUGGAGCCCAGUCAGACACAACCAGUGCCUGUCGAUCCGAACUCUUCGAAGCAACAGCUGGACAUUGCGGCAUCUAGCAGCGUCAAGGCCCACUCCAGCACCAUUCGCCUGGAGCCCCUGAUCUCGAGCUCGGUGUGGUUGGACCCUCUAAACACCAGCACUCUUAGGCUCGAUCCACAGACCUCCAGUAUGCUACGGCCGGAUCCCCUUCGCAACAGCCUACCCAUGCUACAACCAGCAAAUAAGUCCAGACACCAGCGCGGCAGGUCCCGGCGAGUGCACUUCAAGCUGCCUGAAGACGAGGAGAACAGCGAACCAGCCAGUCAGUCCGAGUCAGAGGACAACACAUAUGCACUAAACAAAGGGCCACCCCCAGUCCUCACCAAGCCAAAACUGGACUCAGCCCAGCUCCAGCUCCUGCACAACCAGGUCCUUCUAGAGCAGCAGCAGGACAGUGACCCCCCAACUGAGCCCCCCCCACAAGCCCACCAACCCGUGCAAGUGCAAAUCCAGCCUGAGGUCCAAAGCCAGGACAGUCCAAUAUGGUCCCCGAGACUGCACCAUGACCCUCAUCCACCUCCUUUCCACCCCUAUGUCACCACUGUGAUCCCACCGCCUCAAACCCAGCCCUCUGCACCUCUCUUUAUAACCACCACCAUCACCUCCACAGCCUAUGUCAACACUGCACCCCCUCCUCGUGCUCCCCUCGCGGCCGCACCACUGCUCACAGCCACCUUGAUGACUGCUCCAACCAUCAACACCACCUUCUCACCUCCUGCCAUCACCUCCCCGCCUCCUCCUCCUUUCUCUUCUGCUCCAUCUGUCCCUCAUUUCAAGACUCCAGCUCGGGUGACCACGUCGCUUCCCCCUGCUCCACAACUAAGCACAAGACUUCCAUCUCUAAGCUCAGCCCCAGUCACUCAAAUGAACACCAUCCAUGCCUCCCACCUGAACCUAUCUCCUGCUGCUUUAGGUCAAAGUGCACCGUUAUCCCAGUUCUCCGCCCCUCUCCCUCCAAAAUUUAGCAUCACCCCAUCUGAUCCCAUGAUAAGUUUCGAGCAGGUCACAUCCCCGGCAACUCUUUUGAGAAGCACACACGCCUCCCUCAUGAAUCUCAGCGCCAAUUCGCAGACGUUUAACUACGCAAGGCCGAAAGAGUUCAUUAUGGCGCAAAGUUUUUCACCGGUAACAAGUCCAUCCCCGACCGAAUCUCCCGUCCCACUACUUCAAGAGCUGGCUGCUGAGAUGAACUCCUCGGCCGCCAGCUCACCGACGAUCCCUCCGUUCUCUCCUCCUCCGAGAAUCUUCCCAACCAGAGUGCUGCAGUCUCCCACCAGUCCUCCCUCUCUGAUGUCGUCUCCCACUCUGGGCUCCAUGUUCCUGAACAGUGUGUAUGGACUGAGAACGCAGUCGCCUCCACAAGCGGCCUCCCCCACAUCAAGCAGCUCAACUCCAAGUCCGAUUCAAAACCCAGUGGCUUUUCUCAGCUCAGUCCUGCCUUCACUGAGCUCGGUUAAAGCAACCAAUGAAAUGGGUUUACCAAAACGGGCUCCAAUUGGUAGGCCUCUGAAAAAGACGGCGAAAGCUCGUGCUCCUUCCCUUGAAGAAAUCCGUGAAAGCAAAGAGUGUCUUCUCCAUGAUAUUGAGAAAAAGCUUAGACUCAGAGAUGAUACUCCGCAAUAUCAGUAUCAACAGAAGCGGAAUGUUGAGGGGAAAACAGCGAGCAGACCCCCUGGACCUAUCAAUGCUGCUACUGUCAUUAACUAUGAAGAGGAAUACAGAAUAUCCAAUUUUGAGCAAAGACUGUUGAGUGAGAUUGAGUUUCGUUUGGAGCGGACCCCUGUGGAGGAGUCGGACGAUGAGGUGCAGCACGAGGACGUCCCGACAGGAAAAUGCAUCGCCCCCCUUUUUGACAAAAAGCUUAAAAACUUCAGAGCCAUGGAGGGCGUGCCUGUCACCUUCUCGUGUAAACUAGUGGGAGUUCCUGUCCCAAAGGUUUACUGGUUUAAAGAUGGAAAACAAGUUCUGCGGAAAAACAUCCACUACAGAAAGAUAAGAGAAGGAGACGGGACAUGUGCUCUACACAUGGAGUCUGUCACCAGCGAUGAUGACGGAAACUACACCAUCAUGGCAGCAAAUCCACAGGGUCGGAUCAGCUGCUCAGGUCAUUUGAUUGUUCAGACUGGCCCCGUUCGCAACAAGCAGACUCCAAUCUCGGCUCAGAGGGUGCGCGCUCGGAUUCAGGAGGUGGAGACGGAACAAACUCAGGAGCGGUUCUUUCGGCCUCACUUUCUACAGGCUCCCGGGGACAUGAUGGCUCACGAGGGCAAGCUCUGCAGACUGGACUGCAAAGUGAGUGGUCUGCCGAACCCUGAGCUCAUGUGGUUGGUGAACGGAAGGCCCAUCUACCCAGACCUGUACCACCGGAUGCUGGUGCGGGAGAACGGAGUGCACUCUCUGGUGAUCGACCCUCUUACGCAGAAAGACGCCGGGACAUACACCUGCAUCGCCAGCAACAAAGCCGGACAGAGCUCUUUCAACCUGGAGCUCAGUGUCGUUGAAAAAGAAAUGAAGCAUCCUCCUCACUUUGUUGAAAAGCUUCAGAACGUCGGAAUCCCAGAAGGAACACCAGUUCGACUCGAGUGCCGCGUGGUUGGCGUGCCUUCUCCUGUUAUCUUUUGGAAGAAAGACAACGAAACCAUUCCCAGAACUAGAGACAGGAUGAGUAUGCACCAAGAUGUGACAGGAUACGUGUGUCUGCUCAUCCAGCCAACAACUAAAGAGGACGCUGGCUGGUACACUGUGUCGGCAAAGAACGAGGCUGGGAUUGUGUCUUGCACCUGUCGUCUUGAUAUCUAUGCUCAGUGGCAUCAGAGCGUCCCGGCUCCCAUGAAGAAGACUCCGCGAAAAGGAAGUCGCUACGCCGCUCUAACAGGACAGGGCCUGGACAUAAAGGCAGCCUUCAGCGCUCCAGACAGCAGCCCCUUUCUCUUUGCCAGCUCCCCUUCUGAAGCCACACUGGAGAGCGACAGGCUGUGA